AUGCCAAUUGGUACGUCUCCAUAUCGAUUAGUCUUUGGAAAAGCUUGUCAUCUUCUUGUUGAAUUAGAACACAAAGCUUUUUGGGCGUUGAAAGCAUUGAACUUUGAAUUAAACUCUGCUGGUAAAAAUAGAUUUUCUCAGGUGAAUGAAUUGGAAGAACUCAGAUUAGAAGCCUAUGAAAAUGCCAAAAUUUUUAAAGAAAAAACAAAAAAAUGGCACGACAAUUUAAUCCGACAGAAAACUUUUAAAAUUGGAGAUCAUGUACUUCUAUACAUCAGUAGACUCAGGCUAUUUCCAGGAAAAUUAAAAUCCAAGUGGACGGGUCCUUACAAUGUUACAGAUGUUACUCCAUACGGAGCAAUUGAAAUUCAACAAACCAAUGGUGGAGACAAUUUUAAGGUUAUUGUACAACCAGAACAUCUCAUGAAGGCCUCUACAAAAACAGAGUCACCUAUACAGGAGUAA